CCGGUGGUAGUGGACUGCUGCGGUUGGUAUACCUACCAUACCUAUAUAUUAUUGUUGGUUCCGUCAAUAGUUGUUUUUUUGGUUCCGGUAGUGCGAUAUCAAUUGGAUUUUGAACUAGAUUGUAAAGUGAUUGAGUGAAUCGUUUAAGUGACUGGGAUUUGUCUUUUGAGGAUUUUGACUAUUGGUGUACGUUGAAUCUCGUGAAAAAGAUCCGGAUGACUGGGCAGAACUUGAACGGUGAAACUUUGGAAAAUUGCGAAGUUGCAUUGUAUAGGAGUGAUUUUGAGAUGAAUCAAACAUGCAAAGUCUGCGGAGAACCGGCUGCAGGUUUCCAUUUUGGUGCCUUUACAUGUGAAGGAUGCAAGUCAUUCUUCGGCCGAUCCUACAACAACCUAAACUCGAUCAACGAUUGCAAGAACAACAACAAAUGUGUCAUCAACAAAAAGAAUCGGACCGCUUGCAAAGCAUGCCGUUUACGCAAAUGCAUGGUCGUAGGCAUGUCCAAAAGUGGUUCCCGUUACGGCCGACGUUCCAACUGGUUCAAAAUCCAUUGCCUUCUUCAAGAAAAGCAGCAGCAGAUGCAAGAAAACGGCGAAGAUCCAAACAAUAGCGAACUGAUGCCUCAUCAAAUGACACCGCCACCUAACGGACACCAUAACCACCAUCAUCACCAGCAAAUGAACAUGAGGCUUUUAGGAUCGAAUCCUUUCGCUCCACCUCUAUUGCAUUUACCACGUACUAGAGAAGAAUUAAUGCUACUAGGCUUGGACGAGUCUUUUAGACAUUCAGCUUCACCAUCUGUAAGCAGCCCCGAAUCACACAAUUCUGAUUCAUCAGUAGAAAUGCCCGAUCGAAGAAUACCAUUGAUUCCUGGCCUAUUACCACCAACCUUUUUACCACCACCAGGUUUACUAUUUCCUCCCGGAUAUCCACCAUUUUAUCCUGGCCUACUACAACCAGCACCUCACCUAAAUCACUUGAAUAACAACAAUAACAACAACGAAAAAGUUUUAAGAAACAAUAAUCCUGUUGUAGAAGCUAAAGUGAAACGAGAAUAUUUAGACGCAGUGCUAUCGCUGCAACGCGCUUCUCCACCUUCAGAAGACCAAGGAGAUGAAGAAGACGAAGAAGUGGACGUUAAAACGCCAGUACCAACUCCAAGUCCUAUACAAGAAACCCCUAUCGAUUUGAGUAUGAGGACCAUGAGUGAACGUGGCUCUUCGCCAGCGCGAUCUGAGAGGUCAGGGAUGUCAGUGGUAACUUCAGAACGGGGAAAUGAAAGUGAAGAAAGCGACUGUGACUCAGAAAAUAGAAGGUUGAAUAGGCUUGGAUUGGUGAGGCCUACACCUUUGGAUUUAACCACGAAAGUAUGAUGAAUUUGCAAUUGUUAGAUUAUGCAGAAAUUUGCUCAUUUACGUACUAAUGUUGUUAAACAACAACAAAAUUAGAUAUAUGAUACACAUAAACAACUAUUGUGUUAAAAUUUAUAUUUUUAUUAUAUAUAUUUUGUAUAUGUGUUAUUAAUAUUUAACAACAUGUUUGAAAAAAUAUAGGUGAUAUUAGCAUUUUUCAAUAAUAGUGAAUCAAGAGGCCAGUAGACAAAUUUAAGCUUCUUAGUCAUACGAGACAAGGUGUCUCAAUUUCAAACGUGUUCAUGUUAGUUUUUUUUUGUUGUAAUAUAUUGUAUAUUUUUUGUGUAUAAUAGACACCUUGUUGGUUAAUUUUAUUUAUUUUUAUAAUUAAUUUUUGCUUCUACAUUAAUUUCUUUUCGUAUAAAGUAAACUAAUGGUAUAGUGCAAUUUUUGUUCUAUUUAUUAUUUAAUAUUAUUAUUAUUAUUUUUUUGAUCGUCAUUAUAAAAAGGAGUUUAAAAACAAAUUAAAAUAGCUACUAAGGGGCAUUUGUUUUUUUAUACUGUAGUUUAUAGAAAUUUAUGUAUAGGUUUUUUUUGUGAAUCUUUGUUACAAAUUUUCUUACUUUGUGAAUGUGACGAAUUGUUUGCGAUAUAGUGUUUCGGGGACUAGGGCCAGUUUAUAAGUGUGAAUGAGUCUUUUGUAAGAGAACUAUUUUUUUGAUAAAUUGUGUUAAAAAUAAACGUAUACAAAACUAUAUUGU